CCCAUGUGUAACUGCUAGGAUUUGUAGCAGUUACAUAGUUACAUUUUUAAAUGAUUUUUUACAUCCCUAAAGGGGACUACAGAAAGCAUAAGUGAUUGUAUUCUGCAUUACAUGAGAGAGGAAAGGAUAGCUUUACAGAAAACCUUUAAAAAGUCAGUUAUUCCACAAUAAUGUUGCCAAAUGGAGUUCCAUUAUCCAGACUGAAUCUGAAAUUGUGAAUUCAUCCAAUGAUGAGGGGUAGCCAUAUUAACUGAGUAAGCUGAGAGCAUCCACUGCCCUCAGUAAGCUUUCCAAGAGCAUUACAUAUCAGGUUUUCUACAAAAGGGGCAGUUAGAUGGGGCAAGGUGAGGAAUAAAACAAGAAAACUUUAUAUGACCCCAGGUUUGUUUUCAUGGUUUUGGGUGACACUUGGAAAGUCAUCCACUUCCACCAUCCUAAAUUAACUCUUUGUACAGCUGGCCAUGGUAGCAGUUGGUGUAUCGAGGCUGGGAGGCAAAGGCACCAAUGCCUACUGGACAAGGCUUUCUUUGUUGCUGUACAAUACUCAAGUUAAGCUCUGAGAGCAUAUGCACUCACUAAUGGGCAUCCAGUUUGAACAUUGGUGAGCUUUUGAGUGAAAAGGGGGCGGGAAAUAAAGAGAAGUAAAAGAUGCUCUGGAGAAGGAAAAGAGAUAGCUGCAUCAGGGCAAGAUACGAGGGUGCACAGAGAGGUGGAUGGUUUUUUUAUUACCCUCCCCCAAAAAUCAGUGGCUUCUGAUUUAAGAUCAUUCAUAAAUCUUACAUUUAAACAGCUAUCUGUUGCCAUGGGUGGACUUACACAACAAGAAACAGCACAUGGAUACUAAAGUUUUUAUUUGGAUUAUAUGGACACUCUGCUAAAUUACUGAAAUCAAAACUCUUCAGAGCAGCUGCAUCAAAUACAUCAUUUCCAGAAAUUUGGUUACUUCUGGUACAGUAUUUUGAAAGAAUACCUGGAUUUUUUGGGGUAGUUAAGAGAAACAGUUUCUUUACAAUGCCUGAAAUUCUAGAAAGUAAAGCUGAUCCUGAACUUUUUUCACCUAAUCCUGAAGUACGUGGAAUGACAACACUCGACAGAGCAGCUUUCAGCAGAAUAAUUGUUGUUCCAGUUCUAAAAGUGAAAAAAGAAGUAAUAAACAAAUUAAUGAAAUCCCUCAGACAUACAACAUUGCAGCGCCCUGGUCUGAAGCGAGUGAUUGAUGAUCCAAAAGAUGAAGACAGUAGACUUGUUUUGUUGGAUCCCCAUAAAAUAGCAGCAGAAUAUUCAUUGGGAGAAUCUGAUCAAGAAGUAUUAAAGCAAUUUAAUGUUGACCCUCAGGUGUCCAAGUAUAACUUGGAACUGACUUAUGACAAUUUCAAGACUGAGGAAAUCUUACGAGCAGUGCUUCCUGAAGGUCAAGAUGUCACUUCUGGAUUUAGCAGGAUUGGCCAUAUAGCUCACUUGAAUCUUAGAGAUCAUCAGCUAACCUACAAACACUUGAUUGGUCAGGUUAUAAUUGACAAGAAUCCAGGCAUCACCUGUGCAGUAAAUAAAAUCAAUAUUAUUGACAGUACUUACCGAAAUUUUCAAAUGGAAGUGCUAGCAGGAGAGGCCAAUAUGAUAACAAAGACUAGAGAAAACUACAUCACCUAUGAAUUUGACUUUUCUAAAGUCUAUUGGAAUUCCCGUCUUAGCACAGAACAUGGCCGUAUCAUUGAACUUUUAAAGCCAGGUGAUGUUUUGUUUGAUGUCUUUGCCGGGGUUGGGCCUUUUGCCAUCCCAGCAGCAAAGAAAAAGUGCAACGUAUUUGCAAAUGAUCUCAACCCUGAAUCCUACAAAUGGCUUCUACACAACUGUAAAUUAAAUAAAGUGGAUCAAAAAAUAAAAAAGUUCAAUAUGGAUGGUAGGGAUUUUCUUCUGGGGCCAGUUAAAGAAGCGUUAACCAAGGAAUUGUCACUUCUUACAAAAGAAAGGAAACACUCUCUGCACAUAGUCAUGAAUUUGCCAGCUUUGGCUAUAGAAUUUCUAGAUGUUUUUAAACAUUUUUUAGAUGGAAAGCCAUGUAGUGCUGACCACCUUCCCACAGUGCACUGUUACAGCUUCUCAAAACAUGAUCAUCCUGCCAAAGAUGUUCAAGAACGGGCUGAAGCCUUUUUGGGAACUUCUUUAGAAGGACGCUGCUCUACUCAUCUGGUGAGAAAUGUUGCACCGAAUAAGGAAAUGAUGUGCAUCAGUUUUCAGAUCCCAGCUGAAGUACUGUACAAGAAUCAGUUUACUAAUGAAGAGAAUCCUGAGGAACCAGCCUCCAAACGCCUGCGCCCAAAUGAAGACUCUCCUGAAGAAAAAUUACCUAGUUUAAAAGACCCGUUAUAAUACAGUUUUGGUUAUUUUGUGCAAGACGGCUAGGUGGGAAAUCUACUCAAGUCAUUGGAAGCAGAAUGGAAAUAUCCACUUACACCAAGAAAAUAGUUAUCAUGUAUGAAGGUCUGGGGUUUUUUUGUUUUUUUUUUUUUCCUGGAUCACCUUGCUCCUGUACAUUUUAAUUCCAGGAAUGGUAACCAGGCAGGAUUUUUUUUUUAUUGCAGAGAAUAUUAAACUUUUUAUUUUCUCAUGUUAAGUGUUAGUUCUGUGGUGUGUAAGAUGUCCUUCGGAGUAGCGAAAUGUCCAGUAAUGGUAUGAUACCACAAAGAGAUUGGGAAGGUUUCCAGAUGUAGCUCUAUUUUUGGCAUUUGCAGUUUAUGGCAAUACUUUUAUUGUAAAUAUUUUAGAUUGGAUAUUAGGGCCCGUUCUGUGUUUGUAGUACAUUUCAAAGGAGACUUGUAUGUAUGUUAGGAAAGGCCAUCUGUAUUUGUGCAAGCAGAACAGGGCUCUGAAUGUGCAGAUGGGUUUGGCAUUUACAAGCACUGUAUUUACACAAAGGGAGGAAAGUGCAUGAACAUAUGAACAGCUCUUGGGUAAGCAAGACAACUUUUUGAAAAUUUUUUGAGAAUAAGGUACACACGUGUACUUCUGCCACUGUGGCGAUAAAUGGUAUUACCACCAAACUGAUUUAGCUAGGUUUUAGAGAACCCUGUGGGUAUUGAAGCUUGAAACUCUGUUGCCUGCUAAGUGGCCAUUAGUACCUAACACAAGGGCUACGUCUACACUGCAGGCUUCUUGUGCAAGAACUGUUUUGCAGA